GCUAUGGCGUGCCCGUUACUAUUUGGUGCUUUCGGUAACUUCGCCUAACGCAGUGCGUUACCAUCACCGAUUGAACCGUAAUGUUCGUGUAAUAAAAAACAGCUGAAGUAAAAAUAAGCCACUACGAUGAAACGGUGAAGUCCAGCCAGUGUGCAUGUGAAGGGGAACCGCUUCUCAUAGCUCGUAUCAAUGCAAGGUGGUAUCGCUUGCACUUCGAGUACGACAGUAAGGCAACAACGGCAGCAACGAUUGCACCAGUUCCGUUGGUGUUUGUGCGUUGCGUAGCGGUUGAGUAGCUGUAGUAUUCUACUCUAUCAAAACCCAGUGGCCGUGUAAUUCAGCGAGGACACGGUACUGCAGUUUGAAAUCAAGUAUUCGUCGAAAUCAUUGCUACAAUGGGAGUGCCGAAGCUCUCAAGCGGAGCUGCGUGCAUAUUGCUCUGGCUCUUCGUUGUUCGUAUCGGGCAAGUUUGCGUUCUGGCAGCUUCUACUCAGCGAAAUGAGGAGGCCAAAAAACUUGAAGAACAAGGAAUCACAACUUUACCAGCCGUAGUUACUUCUCAGAGCAUCAGCACUAAGGGAAUUCAACAUGUGGAAACCGAUGAUGGAAAGAGUACACCAUAUGGUAUCACUACUGACAAGACAGGAAGUAAAGUUGACCAAAAUAAGGUUCCUGUUGUGGUCCAGAGCAUUGCUCCCAAUGAGCAUGAAAGUACAAGCAAUCCUAAAGGUGACUUGGGCAAAGAAAGUGGUGCAUCUACAGGCUCAAUCACUGGUGAGCUUCGCCAGGUGGAGCAGCUAGACAGAACUAAUGGUGGGCCAUCUGACAGCAAAAAGAAAGUGUCUAAUGACACAGCUGCGGAUUUAGUGAAGUCAUCCAAUGGAGACAAAGAUGAUCAAGUCAACGGUCCUCCACGUCGAGUCAAGGAUGAUGAUCAAAAUGCUGCAACUAAUUCGCAAGUUGAAAACAACGUGAAAGCUCCUGUGGGUGGCAGCCAACCCCCAGUGACUACCAAAGUCGAGGAGACUCCACCACCAAUUACGCCUACACAAACUAGUACUCUUCAGAAGAAAUUUCAGCCAACUGAACCACCUCAAAGUCAAGGACAGCAGAAGGAUGUGGAUGCAUCAUCUGGUCGGUUGAAAGACUUGGGUGAGAUUCCUUCUGCUUCUAAUCCAGGCAACUUUGAAUACGGCAAUGCAAGGGAACCAGACUCUGAAGAGGAGCUUGAGCCACCCUUGCCAACACAGAAGGGACUUGCCUCUGUAACCAGUGGAUCAGCAUCUUCAGGCGCUCAGUCCAUUGUGGGUUCUAUGGGAGGUAGUCAUCCAGAAAAGCCCCUUGAUGCUUCUGGAGCUGCUGGCAGCAUGCCUUCCUUGCCAUCCCAAGACGACAGCCAUUUUUUUGCCUACUUCUUGGCUGCUGUGGUGCUUUGUGUGAUUGGGUACUUGGCCUUCCACAACAAGCGCAAGAUUCUGGCUCUCAUACUGGAAGGCAGGCACGAGCGCCAGCGGAGGCACAAUGGGCAUUACAGAAGGCUGGACAAUACUGAUGAAGCAUUGUCUGCUCGCAAGAAUCGUGGCAGCUUUUAGGAACAAGGACCUCACUCUAGUCACAUUAUGGCAGGCGGCAGGAGCUGCACAAGCCGACCUCCGUGCAAGAAUUCGUGGCAACUUGCUACUGUACUAUACGGUAUUCACUGAUUUCCCUGCCUUUGCUAUUGCCUUUCUUGCACCUUGUUAAGUUUGUUUUUGCUUGAAGAGAAGCUUUGUGGAAUGAUAGCAUAGGUAUGUCAAGGAAGUGAACUGGCAUAGACAGUAUUCCUGGUAUUCCACUCCCUAUUCUGUGCUUGACAAGAGCUUGUGACUGUCUGUGCAGUGUAUAUGUGAGGUUUAGUGCACACAUCUAGUCACAAACUCUAGUCAAUCACGGUUGUGCAAGUUGAACCUUAAUUAUUUCAGUUUCUGUCGUUGAAAUCGAUUUUGUAGUAUGCUUGGUUUUACUUCCCACUGUACUGAUGUCUUGUGUGUAGGUCCUUGUAGAAAAUGUAAGCACAUUGGUGUUUACUUGGUGCUGUGAAAAGUGGGCUCAACUUGUAGUGAUUCGGAUUUAUACUUUCACAAAGGACUUCAAAUGCUUCAUGUAGCUCUGAGGUUGGUAUGCUGGUUUCGUAUGAACCAGCUCUAUGCCUACAUUUCUGGUCUGUGCAGUGAACCUCCUUGGGACCCACCGUAUCUUGUUCUUCCCAAAAGGUAAUGCCAUCACCACUACCAACAACAAACAUAUGCUUAUAUAUCGGCAUCUCUUAAGAUGUUGGAAUAGAAGGCAUAACAGUUAUAAAGGUUCACACAUCUCUUACCUAGAAGCUAAAAAAGGUAUUGAACGAGAAGUUGUAGGUUUCUCUAUUUUUACUUCUGCUGUUAGUGUAAAUACUGUUUUACUCUUUUGAUCAAAUUUUUGAUACUGCAGGCAUAUAAUAUUUUUGUAAUUUAAUUCAACUAUUUCCCAAAUGUUCUUUUGAGAAUUAAAAAAAUUGAGUGUUUAUUUAGCUUUAUUAACCUACAUAUGGCAUAUAUUGUUAGCUUGCUUUUUAUCUGGUUGAUUCAAUGCUUUGAUAAUUGCAUAUUGUGCAUCCAUAUAGUAUGGCAGUGUUCAUGAUUGUGAAUAAUAGGAAUUGUUACUUGCGAUGUUCACAGCUGUUAGUGGUUUAUCUUUAUCUGAGAUUUUUUCUGUGUACUUGCUUGUUUUGUUUUAUACAUGUUCAUGACAGAAUGAAUGGUGCAUGUGCAAUGCAUUAUAAACCAUAAAAUUCAUAUAAAACUGAUGGUUUCGUGGUUUAUUAACUUUUCGCAACAUGUUAUGCCCGUAGAUAGUGGUACAGUUAUGUAGAACAAAGUUGAGACACUUUUUGGAAUUAGUUUUUGUUUAGGAGAAUUCAUUGAACAAAGAAUGUUACUAGGGUCAAUGUUUUGGCGUGGGGACUUUUCAUAUCCCCCUGUGACAAAGAUGAGCCCAUUUGUCAAAGCUGAUCACUUCAGGCCUCCCAUCUUUCUUAGUAUAUACAUGUCUUGUUUCGAUUGCUGAAGCACGAUUGUCUCGGCCCUCAGAAAGACAAAUUGAUGGGUAUGGAGAGGGAUACAAUUUCAGUAACACUUUUGGAGAGGCUACAUGUAGCAUUUCAUAGUUGUAGAAUUCUGUUGUUGAUGUGGUCUGUGUACUUUUGUCUUGAAUUUACUGUGGCUGCAGUAAUGCAUCACAUAUGGUUCGUUUGGUGUGAUACUGUCAAAAUAAUUUGAAUCAGAAACACCGGUCUUUCUUUACAUUUGUUGGUUGCUUCAUGUGGAUUUUGUGGCUUUUGUGCUUCAUCUUACAUGAAGCUGUUGCUGUGCAUGCUCAUCAGAUAAGUAGAAAUUAUGAACCUUCUGAGGUGACCAGCCCCAGUAAUGUACAUAUAUUCAUUGGCCUCUGUGUGUGCAUGAUGCUUCUUUUACGCCCACAUUUCAUUAAAAAAGUGGAUACAGGAAUUUGUUAGUUUGCUGAGCAGAAGCAGUUAUAAAUCGAAGCCACACUCAUGAAACAGUAGAUCAUCAAAAGCAUAGGAGUGUGUUGUGUUCACAGCAAGUGCUAUGGACAUUCAGUGAAUGAGUUAUUCAGUGUAAUAAUGAUCUGUAGUGUCAGCUUACACUGUUGUUUCAAUAUGUCUGAGCUCUUCUUAGCUUGUAUUUUCUGGAUAUCUUUCUUUUGUCCUUUCUGUUCUUAUUAGGCAUACUUUACCAAAGAAAAGUGAACAAAAAAUGUUCUUGCUGGAGUGUCUUUCUUGUUUGCCUUGAGACUUUUUGUUGGAGACAGUUGAAAUUCAUGUAUUGGAUUGGGGUAGAAUAGGAUCUAUCUCCAAUAGCCAUUGUAAUCUAAAUUGUAUAUAGGUAUACAAUCACUAUGUCUACCAAAUUGUGUUUAUGUGUGUAAGUGCAUACAGGCAUGUGUACGCAUACACAUGCCAUACGCACACUUAGUUUUUUUCUUUUUUAAAUUACCUCAUUUUAACUUCAUGAUGUAUUCCUUGUCAAGACUUAUGGCACUUACAUAGUACACUAUAGAUUCUUUUUUCACUUUUUGUUGUGCUUUCUUUGAAUUAGUUCUUCUUUCAUUCAUAUUUCUUUUUUACUUCAUUAACUUGUUGUGAUUACAUAUUGUUUUUUAACAAUUCUUCACACGUUUAGAUACAGAAGUUUAAUUUAGCUUUCAAAUGAGCAUUGGUUUCAGUGUACACAACCGAGUACUCGUUACUGCAAGAUGCUACAUGUCCAUUUAUUUUGUUUUUCAGUACACUGUUCUAGACAACUAUAGUGCUAAGUUUCUGACGGGUCCUUUUAGAAAAAUAAAUAAAAAUCGCAAGCUUGGUCCUCUAUAGACCUUUUCAUAGACGGCUCUUUGGACGCCAUCAUAAUUUUCUCAGGGCUGCACCAAGCUGGCAUGACCCACCAAAAAAGCACUGCUGAAGCCUUUGUAGUCCUGCAUGCAGCCCAGCAUGGUGGCAUUUUUUCCGUCGUGUGAAAAGGUCUCUACCGUGCGAAUUUCUGAAA